AUGGUCAUUGGGCUUCUUGCCAUCACGGCCAUACCUACUGUUACGGGCGUGGGCCAAGCCGUCAGUGCCCAGAAGAAGGCAAACGCAGCAAACAAGGAAAAGGAAAAGUUUCACUUGACGGCAGUAGUCCAAGACGGGGAAGAGGAAGACGACGACUACGAGACGGAUUUCUGCGUGCUCAAAGACGGAAAGUUGCUUGUCAACAUCCCGCUCGAUGCCGGCUUCCCUGGCUACGCCUUUUGUGGCUACUACUUCACAUACCCCAGCGAGGAGCAGCAUCUGGGGCUGGUGAGCACCAUCUCGGACGAUCCCCCAAUGCUCAACUGGCUGUACAUCAACAAGGACACGCACGCGGUGGAGUACGGCGCUCGCAAGGACACCCUGGGCCACGUCAUUGGGCCCUGGGGCUGGAGCGCGGACGAGCAGUUUCUGACGAUUCAGGGCAGCGACGAUGUCUUUGUGGCGAAGCUGGAGCGCGAUGAGAGUGGCUCGCAGCGGUGGGUGGUGUACUGGGACCCGGAGAGCGAGAUUCUAGCCACGACGGAGGUGCAGGAGGAGUGCAAGCCCGUGAGGCUGAGGAGGGCCAUGUUAUUGGGCAUGCAGAGCAAGUAUGUGAGGGAUUAG